UUACGCACGCCUUCCCAUGCUUAAAAAAAUUAAUGCUCCGCCUAUGUGAAAGAAAUGGCCUCAUUGUCAACGUCAAUGUCGGAGAUACGUCGAACGCAGCUGUGAUAUACGUUGAUGUGUAAGUGUGUCUGUGUGUGUGUCUGCGUGUGCUGCUUUAAUCAGUUCAUCUACAACGCGAGCACAUCCUGAGAUCAAUACUAUUGGACACUGACUCGCGUAUUAUAAUGUGUUUGGUGAAUACGAGGUACACCAUCGCCACAGAACAGGUGAAUGUCCCUAUCCUCUACGGGCAAUAGGCCUUCAUAGUUUGUUUUUUAAACACGAAAAACUGUAAACAUGAGAUGGCUUAUGUACAGAACUUCCGACCUCAUUUAAGUUGCUUUCAGUUUUCAUUAAUUGUAAACGUGCAUUGAAGGGAAACAUUCACCAUAUCUAGCGCAAAGACUCGUAAUCAUGACAACCGAUGAUUUUGAUAUGUUUUGGAGGACUCAUCUAAUGACGUCAUCUCAUGGUUACCAAAUUCCAGAAACGACUAUCCUGUACUGGAAUGCGACAAAGUCGGAGCAGAGCAACUACCCUUGGAUAAGAAGGGAAGGCACUCCGCGGUCCCACGCCGCGGCCGCUGUGGCACGCGACCUUAUGACCCAGGUGAGGGUAGCAAAUAAAAGGACCAUCAUCUCGGUGACCAUUGUCCAGAACUACAGCCCUUGCCUGGACUGCGCCGAUGAACUUCUUAAGACGAUCCAGCUCGCCAACGAGAAGCAGAUCCGACUGGAUAUGUCCAUUUCCUUUGUUGCACUGAAAAACAUUCGACGUCCAUCCUGGCUUUGGCGUGGACUCAGGGAGGCCACCACGGACAUCCCAGUGAACGAAUCCAAUGACAACGCCUUUGCUUUGCUUCAGCUGAACAGUGCUGGUGUCCGGUUAACGACUUUUACUCCGGACACUUGGAAGUUUCUUUACACUUUCCUGGGAAACGGAUUUCCGUCAAACUCUCCUGGAAAAUUUCUAGAUGGGAAAUUUUCUAGCACUGACUCAAGGUUCGAGGAAGAUAGACUGAUGCAAUUAGAUCUGGAACAAAUUUUUAAAGGUGUCUUGUUUUCCCCUGAAUGUCAAAGCGCAGAUAACUGUGUUCUUCUUCUGGAGUGGAAUCAUCCAGUUGUGUCCCUUGAACGAAUACAGGAUUACAGGAUCACUUGUAAAAAAGUGACGGUGAAGAAUAAAGAGGCUGAGGACAGAUUUUGGAGAAUCGGGCAGGUCUUGGACAAAGAAGGUAUAAAAGUCACGGUGCCCGGCGAGAUGACCUGGUGGAAGGUCAUGGGACUGGACGCUGACGCUUUUUAUGACGUGACAGUGGAAGCAACAAUCAAAGGAAUGGUGGUCAGCAGUGCCAGGAAGAUCUUCAAGACCACCAACAAAGUUCCUAUACCUGCACUACAGACACCUGUCAUGGUGAGAAAGUCCAACGUGACGUCACGCCCCAAGUCAGGGUCCGUCACAUCACCCACAGUCCGCUCACCCCAGUGCCCGACCCCUACGCCUCUCAGACGCUCCAACUCCAUUCGCGACUCCACGCCCUCCAGCAGCCGGAGCUCCAUCACAUCCGACUUGGGGAUCAGGCUUGGGAACGGCCACCUCGCUGAGUCCAGUCUUCAAAGAAGCAGUUCUCUUCGCGUGGCUUCCAGCAGGAACUCCAUCGCCGGCAGCGUUCCCGAGAGUAGAGCAGCGGACCGUGGUGGAAGCACUUCAAACCAUACUAUCAGCAAUCCCUUCACUAGUCUGAGAAGAAAAUUUAGAGCAGCUUCCGUGUCCAAUCAAACUUCGACAGAAAGCAAAUUUUGACUUCUUUACUUGCUUGAUUUAUUGCCAACUUUAAUUUGACCACAAAAACUUUUUGGAUUUCAUGCCCCGUUUACUGGUUAAUGUUGAUUAACAAAACAAACAUGUUUGUCUCAUGGUGCAGAUAAAGACUUGGUUUUUUAAAAUGAAAUCGGAUCAUUUGCAGUAAAUUCAAAAAUACACACAAAAAAGUCACAAAGGUAGUAGCACAUUUCUUAUUCCAUAUUCAAGAACAAAUUCGUACAAGUGCUCCUUUUUCCCUAGUGCCAUUAGAGAAUAAAAUGGGUUGCCUGAGACGGACAGGAAAACCAACGACUUAGCAGAUUUUAAGUCACUGAUUAAUAUGCAUGACUGGAUUGACACAUGGAAUGCAUAGAAUUUAUUGUAUCUUGUAUAUGAAGUAACGUCUGUAAUUUAUAAGAUAAGAUUAUUUAAUCUCUGUUUCGUUAUUUUGAAUAUUGUUAUUUUUAUCAAAUUGAGAAAAGACUAAAUCUGGCUCAACCAAAAUGGCUAAAACGGAUUUUUAGAAGUAAUAUACAGUCACUUAACAGAGAUAGGAUCUCAAACAAAUAAAUUCUAUGCCAAACUGGGACUCUACCACUUAUUGAGGUUGUGACCGAAGAAGCAUGAGGUUUGUGGGACAUGUUCUCCGACAUUAUGAAUUACGCUUAAAACUUGUUAUUUUCUUGUAAUUUUGUUUUUCAUGUCCUAAUAAAUUUAAGUCUAUUGAA